CCAAUCAAUUGUGUUCCAGCUGUGUUCUCCCCAUGAGGGUGUGUUUACACUGACUUCAGCGUGGAGUCAUUACAUCAGAAUCAGAUGGAUAUUGGGUGACAGAAAGCCCUGGCAGCAUUAAACUUGUUUUACUCCUGUUGCUCUAGCCUGGUGGAGAAACAUCUGCUAGUGAAAGGAUGCACUUUUGAAUAUUUAUCUUUAGAAGAUCAUUCAUUCUUCAGAUUCCUGGAACUUUAACAACAAAUUUUAAACAGACCCCAAAACGCUGCAAGGAUCACAUGCCCAAAUCAGAGCUGAACAAAUCAUUUUCAGGAAUUACAAGGGAGGCAUCAACACAGCUAAAUACUGAUAGUGUAGCAACUAUAAGAGAUGGAAAGAUACUCCACACCUGUGUGUGGCUCCUCAGAGGAUGAGGUGAAAAUUUACCAACAUUACCAUCCCAUACCUCAACAGCAUCCUCACAACCAUCAUUACAACCACUAUCACCACCGUGGCUCACACAGCAGUCAUGGAAAACACACUGAAAAACAUACUCACCAGCACCACAACAACCAGCUUCACUUUUAUCAUUCUGCAAACCCUAAAAUGUCUGGAGACCAUCACAGAGUCUCUAAAAGGUCUUCCUCCAGCCUGUCCUCCUCCUCUUCCACUUCUUCAUCUGGAUCUUGGACCUCUGAGCCCAGCCUGGAUGAUGAGACGUAUCUCAUGCACAAACCCCAGCAUUCCCUGUCCUGCUCCAACAUCCCUGAGGUCCGAAGGAAAAGCCAUGACAGAGAAUCUGAGGACUUUGAUUUUGAUCUGAGUGAUCAGGGGCACCGCCACAGUCUAGAAAACGCAGUCGAACUGCUGCCUGGUUCUCAGCAUGGACAUCAGAUGCCAAAACUCUCCCGGGACCAUAGCAAAAGCGAGGAGGGCCUUCAACAAAACAAGCAUAAAGAUGGUUGCUCAGCAGGAUCUCACUCCAUAGAUCAUGGGCCUCUUUACAAGACAGCAAGCCUGGGACAAAGCCUUGCCUUUGGUGGCAAUAAUGAUAACACUCUAGGUGGCAGAGUGGUUCCCAAGAAGGCUGUUUCAUCUAUUCAGUUGCCCAGCAAAGGUAUUCUGAAAAACAAAGAUGAGGGACAGAAAGAUGGAAACUUCAGGAAAGCGAAGUCUAUGGAGGUGCUCUCCACCAGGGUGCACGUCACAGGAACAUCCGAGCAGAUCUCUAUGGAAGCUGCAAGUGAUAACUUUGUGAAAGGGAAGCUACAGUUCUCUGCAUUUCUGGACGAGAUCACCAGGCAGGUUAUCAGUCCCUGUGCUCUUAGCUCUUUUGGCGUAAAUACACCAACGCCACCAAAAUCUCCCAAUGAAGAGCGCAAGAACCGUGGCAGCAAGCGGGAGAGCUUUGUGCCGCCACCAAAACAGCAGCCCAUCAGAGCUGAGAGACCAGAUUCAGGAAAAACAGAUUCAAGCUCACUCUCUCGAUCCCAUAAGAGCAAAAACCACAACCGAAACCUGACCAGCCCUCCAUCGCUGCCCUGCCGCCCUUCAAAAGCUGAAAGACAAGGGGCUGCUUCAAGAAAACAGCACCACAGGCAAACUUCCCAGAUGUUCACUGAUGGUACCAGCACCAGCCCAGAAACUAUCCACACCAACCUCUCGAAACACAAAGGGCGACAUCAAAGUAGUCAUGGCCCAUCCAGGAACUUCCAUACUAAGCAGGCAAAGGGAUCACCGCCGCCUCGGCGAGCGGCAGGGCUGGAGUUAGAGUCCCAGUCAAGUAAAUCAUCCACCAGUGCUAGUUCAGAGAAAAGUGACAGACCCAAACACAUGGGACACAGGAGGCAGUCCAAACCACACAGGGAUUCAUCUGGUUCCGUGGACAGAGUUCAGAUGCUGGAGGAGCACAACAAAGAGCUACAUGAGACCCUGUUGCAGACUGUGGCAUGCAUUGAGAACAUGGAGGCAGAAUUGCAAAGUACCAAGACAGAGUUAGUCAGCUUCAAAGAGAAAUACAGAAGGCUACAGGAAAGCUAUUCUGUUUCUCAGCAGGCAAGCAGUAUCUUGGAGCAGAAACUCAAAACUGCAGUAGACAGCUUGGACUCAGAGAGGAAGUUCCUCAUGCAGAGAAUUGCAGAUCUGACUAAACAGCUGGAUACUGCUCAGAAGACCAUCAGCUCUCUGGAAAACAUUAAUGUUCCCUCACUGAUUAGAGAGUUGUUGAAAAAUCACUUAGACUCUCAUGAAGCACUGGAGCACUUGUUAUGUCCUCAAACAUAUCCACGCCAAACUGAUGGAUACCAAUCAGAGAGGGUGAAGGAGCUCAGAAACAACCAACCGUUUGAUGGAAAAAGGGAUGUUUUUGAAUGGCCACAGACUGGACACACAUGCUCAGGUGCCAGACAACAGCCUGCCACAACCUUUCUGCCAUGGAAACAUGAUCACGAUCCAUGGGCAGGGCCAGGGCAACUUGUGACUGAAGGAAGUGACUCACAACUUCCUUUUUCUUUUAGUAAUGAUAUGCCAAUCCAGAACACGAUGGCAUACAAAGGCACCAAAUCAUCAAGUGCACCAAUUAGCCAUGAACACAGAGAUCCACUUAAUUCCCCCAAACCCAUAUAAUCCAGUUGAGAUGAGGCUCAGCAGACAGACCGGUGGAGAGGGAACUGUCACUGUGGGGAAAGAGCCCACUGAUGUCAGCUAUCUUACAGCUCAAAGGAUGCUGAAUGAGUUUUUGAACCAGAUUCCUCCUCCAGCGCAUGAUGGUGAAGGAAAAGAUACAGCAGAGCUAACAGAAGAGAAGCAGUAGCAUUUCAUUUGACGUCUUUUGGUAAACUGUAUAGGAAAUUAAAAAUCUCUAACACCUCCCGUUACCAAUAUUGCAGCAAGGAUGCAAAUAACUGUGGCUCUGAUAUUUGUGAAAUAAACUUAAUUUCUAGCUUUACAAGUGUACAAUUGCUCAAAAGUUAUCCUCAAUAUUAGUGUUUUUAUACCUGUUUGCACUUUUUGCCCUGGAUAUUGUGAAAUAUUUAAAGAUUGAUUAGAAAUAAAAUAAUAUAGCUAGAUAUUCAUAUUAUUUUAUAACUAAUGAAAUUUACUGUCAAUGAGCUGUUCGGGAAAGUAUAGCACUCUCAGUCUUUUAUCUUUGAGUGCUUAAUGUUUGCCUUUAUAAAAUUAAAAUUAAACUGGAGAGUAUAUUUUAUAGAGUGUAUUUAUUGUAUACUGUGACAUUUAGGAUAGUUUGAAUUGUUGUUUUUGUGAAAUCUGAUAGAAUAUUAAUUAUAGUUUCUGCUAGAAAAAAAUAAGCCACAUAACUAUGUACAUUUAUUAUAGAAUAUCCGUGUAUUUUUUAUUUUAAAUGUAUUAAUAAAGUCUUGUGUGCUAA